AGAGCGAUGGCUGUGAGGGAGGCCGCCGCAGGCAUGUCCCUCCCGGGGAUGGACCAGGAGGCGGCGUUGCUCUUCGAGAGGGUCCAUUACCGGCACGACCCGCGCUGGAUGCUGCCCGUGCCCCCGCGCCUCUGCCUGGCCUGCGUGCUGGAGCUGCUGCCGGAGCCCGGCGUGUCGUUGGUGCGCAAGAAGCAUGUGCUGUCCUGCUUCCGAGAUGUCCUCGUGAGGCAUGCUUCCCUGGUUGUGCAGCUGGUGGCUCAGGAUCAGAGAGUCUGUAUCCACUUCAUAAGCAUGCUUUUUGGACUGUUAUGCAGUGUGGAAGAUGGGAAUAUGGCAGACCUCUGUAUUGAAGUCCUUAUCCAGUUUACAACUCAGCUGAAAUUAGAGCAGACCAUUCAUUGCCUGCUGGACGAGUGCCACAAAGAGCUCUGUAACAUGCCCUCCAUGCGAGGCAGCCUGGCCACUCUGACCCUUCUCGGCAAGUUGGUGGAUGCCAUCCCUGCUUUGGCAGACAAGCUUGUAAUGGAGCACCGUGACUUGAUGGAGCAUCUGUUGAGAGGUUUAGUGUAUCCCAGUGAGGGUGUGCAAGCUUCUGUCUGUUACCUCUACGGGAAGUUGUACUCCUCCCCAGUGGCAGCUGAGAUGCUUUCAGGCCAUUUCCGGGAGAAGCUGUGCCCUAUCUUCCUUUCCACGCUGGAUGGUGCCCAGACAAAGGAGCUACAGAUCAAUUGCUUGGGUUUGCUGAGGCAGCUGCUGAAGUAUGAUCUCUUUGUGUCCAUGAUCAUGAACAAGUCAGCACUGGCGGAAAGUAUGGACAGUGUUGAGGGACCACCAAGAGAGACCUCACUGCCUUUGGUGCUCAAAAAGCUCCUCCUCUCCAGAGAUGAAAUUCUGCAGGUGGCCAGUGCCCACUGUAUAACUGCGGUACUAGUCCACUCUCCAGCAAAGCAUGCCUCAGCCUUCAUUCAUGCUGACAUCCCAGAGUUCCUCUUUGAGCAUCUUUCCUCUUCCAGUGAAGUGCUUAUCUGGUCCAGCUACAACUGCUUGAUACUUCUGGCAGAGGAGCCACUCUUCUUUUCCAAGUGCCACACGGUGUAUGGGAUUGAAUCGGUGGUGAGGAGCCUACAGGGAAGCCUGAGGAUGAACAACACAGAGCUGCACAAGCAGGGCGUGCUGCUCUUUGCUGAGAUCCUGACUCGGCAGCCAGAGGAGAUCAAGCUGUUCACAAGCUCAGCCAUGUGCAGAGAUGCUGGCCGUGCCCUCCAAGAGGCAGUGAAUAGCCCUGUGCUGGAGGUGGCCAUGGAGGCGGUGAAGGCUACUUCUGCCUUUCUGAGGAAGGACCAUCAGAGUGCUCCACCUGUGCAGUACAGGGAACUGCGGUCCUUGCUUGAAGCCAUGUUGAACCGGUGUGCUGAUUUCUCCCAGACCCUGCUGAGCAGGAGGUCCUUGGGCCAUGCCUCCAGUAGAGAUUUGGAGAAGGCCAUUCUUCGAAGGGGAAAUUUUCUCCUGAACACUCUGGAGGGAUUUAGAAAUGCCUGCAGGUUGGCUGUGGAAUUCCAGAGCGAGCCUUACGCCCAGGAGAAUCCAUUCACAGCUCCCAGCGCCGAGAAGGAAGACACCUUGGAGAACUUCUCAGAAUUUCUUCUCAGUGCCUGUGACUCCUUUUGUAUCCCCAUGGUGAUGAGGCACUUGGAGCAGGCCACUCACCCAACCCUGAUGGAAGUUUUCCUCUCGGUUCUACACAGCCUCUUUGACAUCGUUCCCCACAUGAAGGAGAAGUUCUCCAGGAAGCUUGCUGCCUCAUCCUUCAUACGACUAACUCUGGAACUGAAGGCCAGGUUCUGCAGUGGCCUGAGUCAUUCAGCUCUAAACCAGAUGUGUGCCAGUUUCCUCUACUCCUUGUGCAUCAACCUCCUCUCAGCUCCAGAGAAUACAGGUCCACCUUCCCAAGAAGAACUCUCUACAGUGUCCGAGGUCCUGCAGCAUGGGCUACCCCAGAUAAGCAGCAGGAGCCCUGAAAGCCUUGCCUUCCUGUCAGAUUGCCAGGAGGGAACUGCUCGUCAGAGACAGUACUGCAUCCUGCUCCUCUUCUACCUGGCCUACAUCCAUGAGGACAGGUUUGUCUCAGAGGCAGACUUAUUUGUGGCUGUGCAAAGCUUCCUACUGUCUCUGCAGGACCAGGGUGAGCACCCUCCACUUGUGGUUUUCAGAGCAUCGAUCUAUCUGCUUGCUGUCUGCCAGGACAAAGACAAUGCACUAGAUGAGGCUAUGGUUGGUGUCAUCAGAAACUUUCUAGAGGGCAUCUCCGACCUGCACCUCAUCUACACCCAUCACCCCCUCCUGCUCAGGUUCUUCCUCUUGUAUCCAGAGCUGAUGAGUAGGUUUGGGCAUCGUGUCCUGGAACUUUGGUUUUCCUGGGAAGACAGCAGCUAUGAGGAGCUGGAUGAUGUCCCCUCUGCUGGACAUCCCACCCUUCCUGCCAGCUUAGGAGACUUGUUCCACAUACUCAGAAGCAGCCCCAGCAUCCUGCUUAUUUUGCUGGAUCUCAUCUAUUCCAGCCCUGGGGACAUAGCCCACAAGGUACUGAUCGUCCUGAGGACCUUUUUGAGAAGACAUGAGGAUGUCCAAGUGGGUGGUCUCAUCCGAGGUCACUUCCUGCUGAUCCUACAGCAUCUGCUGGUGGAACAUGGGACCUCCCCAUCAGAAGUGUCAGGGAACCUGCCAUUGCUGCUGAGCCUCCUCUCUGUAGUGCAGCUAAGGAACGAGUCAGAGCAAGAAUUGGACAGCAUGGCCAUGAAGCUGCUUCACCAAGUGAGCAAGCUGUGUGGGAAGUGCAGCCCCACUGACAUGGACAUCCUACAGCCCUCCUUCAACUUCCUGUAUUGGAGCCUUCAUCAGACCACACUGGGCAGUCAGAAAAGAGCUGCUGCAGUGCUCCUGAGCAGCACAGCCCUGAUAGAACUUCUCGAGAAGAUGCUGGCGCUCACCUGGGCCGAGGAGGGCUCUCCCAGGACUACACUACUCUGCUCUGCCUGGCUGCUCACUGCCUCCUUUUCUGCCCAGCAGCACGAUGGCAGCCUCCAGGUUCACCAGACAAUGUCCGUGGAACUGGACCAAGUAUUGAAGUCCCUCAGCUUUCCAAAGAAAAAUGCUGCUCUGCUCUCAGCUGCUAUCUUGCGCUUCCUACGGACAGCCCUGCAACAAAGCUUUUCCUCUGCCCUGGUAACUCUGGUGCCCUCAGGAGCCCUGCCUCUGCAAGCCCCUGAGGACUCUGUCCUAGCUCCAAUGGGAACAUCACAAGUGCUGUCCCUGGUCAUUGGACUGCAGAACCUCUUGGUGCAGAAGGACCCUUUAUUGUCCUAUGCCUGUGUUGGCUGCCUGGAGGCCUUGCUUGACUACCUGCAUGCCAGGAGCCCAGACAUGGCACUACAUGUGGCCUCCCAGCCCUGGAAUCGGUUUUUGCUGUUUACCCUCCUGGAUGCUGGAGAGAAUUCUUUCCUUAGACCUGAGAUCUUGAGGCUCGUGACGCUGUUUAUGCGGUUCCAGAGCAGCAGCAUCCUCACUCAUGAAGAGGUGGGUCUUGUUCUGCAAGGUGCAGCUUUGGCUGACCUCUCUACCCUCUCAAACACCACACUCCAGGCUCUGCGUGGUUUCCUCCUGCAGGUCCAGAGCAUGGGCCUCCUGGCUGAUCAUAACAUGGCCCAGACCCUGCAGGCCUCCUUGGAGGGCCUUUCCCCCAAGGCCUUCUCAGCCCAGCCACCCCUGCAGGACAUGCUCUGCCUGGGAGGGGUGGCCAUAUCCCUGUCCCACAUCAGAGACUGACCCUCAACAACUGAAGGCCCAGCAAUGGAGAGAACUGAGAACUGGAGAAGACAGGCACAGUGGUUCAGGGGAAUGGAUGACAACUGCAGCCAUUCUUCUGGAGCCAUUUACUCCAUUGUUGAAUCAGGAAAUAAAAUGAUAAACCCACA